CCGCAGGUGCUUACCAAGAGGGCAGGUGAAGAAGCUGCCUGAGUCCCACUGUGGCCAGAUCUCGGGAGUUCUGGUUCUCCUCCUGGCCCACGCUGCAGGCUCUUACCAAGAGGGCUGAGUAUUCAUCCCUGAAUGAUGCAGGCCACUGCCCUGGUGGAGACAGCUUCUGGGAAAGGCUGUCACCGUGAUGGAGGAAAUGUUCAAAGAGAUCUGUCUUCUAAUGCUAAGAAAUCUUCCAGUGGUUGUAAUGAAGUCAAACCAGCUUACCCUGGUGAUGAGUGGGACUGCUUGGCACUAGAGCAAAGAGCAAAUGACAAAGAAAUCAGUAAUAAUAGCCCAACAAGUUCAUCAGAGUCAUCUUUUUCCGAAAAUCAGGACACUGAUCUACAGAAUGCUCACUCGCAGUCCAGUGAGUUUGAAGACCGUAUUGACUAUGCUUCUUUGAAUAAGACCUUCUGUAUAUAUUCAGAGUCAAAACUGAAGAAUGAAGACAUUACUAAUUUAAAUUCAGAAUUAGAUCCUAAGAUGGGAAAAAGAGAGGACAUGUUUUUUGAUAGUUUGGAACCUCAAGGUAAUAGGACUAUUGCCUUGGAAAGAAUCCAUAAGAUUUCAGAUGCCAACUAUGAGGAAACUGCUGAAGAAACGCAGAGGUGUGAUAUGGACGAAGACUCUCAGCAGGAGUAUCACAGUGCAGAAGAACAAGAAUAUAUGAGUAACCAUUUAUCUUUUGUCCAAGCAGAAGCAUUCAGUAUAUCUAAUCUGAAAGUUGUUGAAUUCAGAGAUUCAGGGUAUGAAGUGCAAUGUGCUAGCAAUCUAGAAGAUAAGAAUACGUUAGAAAAUAGCUCGGUUAUCUCUGCAGAUUCACUUAAUGUGUUUGCACAAGACUACACAUCCCAUGUCUCUAAAUUUCAGAAUUGUAAUCUGUUAAAAGAGUGUUAUGCACCAAAGUAUGAAAAGUGUAAGGAACAGGAGACAAGUUUAAAAUAUCCCACAAUAUUUGAUGACUUUGUACAGAGAAGUACUUCUCUUGAAAACAAAGGAUCUCAGUCUGAGAAUGACUUGUUGAACCCUCAGAAAGCACUAAAAACUAAAAUGGAUACUAACAAAAUGAAAUGUGAGAUUUCUGAAAGUAAGGAUUUUUAUGAAAACACAACUUUCAAGAACAGAAUCCCACAGAACCUCGAAAAUCCUAGCACAUUCCCCCAGGAUGAAACGUUAGAGACACCACAGCAAUCCUCUCAUGUCUGCCAGACUUCUUGGUCCUCUAUUUUUGAUGACUCAAUCAUCUCUGCCUGUGGAUAUUCGCGUUAUAAAAGCCUACAGAGCACGCCCAACCCAGCCUCAAGCUUUCCUGUUGUCUCAGCAAGGAUUGCUGUAAGAGAUGAUCAGGGAGUCAAAGGAGACGGCUCCCUAAAAGAUACAGAUGGCAGAAACAUGAACAAAGCAUACUCUGAGGGGGGAAAGAGAACACACCCUGGAUCAGUGACAGGUGCUACAGACUGUGCAGUCACAGUUCAUGAGACAGUGGAUGUCAGCACAGAUUUUAGGGCUUGUUUCACAACCAGCAGAGCAACAAAUGCCAGGCCUUCUGUAGUAUCCACAGCCAGCAACACAGAGGUAACUAUGAUGAGUAAAAAGCGGCCCAGCAGAUGGCAGAGUGAAAAGCAAAGCGUGGCUUGUAACACAGAUUGGUCAUGUUGUCAAGACUGUGUGGAUACCCCGGUGGCUUCCACAAAAAGAUCAGGAAAAUCUCUCUUAGCUGACAGUUUAAAACCCAAUGGAAAUUUUCAAAAUAAGGAUUCCCUGGAAUUAAAAACAUGUAAUAACACAGCCUUAAAGAAACAUCCUGAGAGGGAGUUUCAACUUGCUGAAGACAUGACGAAGGAUUUACCAUCAAAGUGCUGUAAGAAAAUAAUGCAGAGAGCUAUAGAAGCAGAGAUGCACCUUUUAAACGUUCGCUAUCAGAUGUGCCAUCGCCUCUGCUGUGAUAUUUACAAACUUGUUAUAGAAAAUAGAGGACUAAACAGGAAUUUACCAGGUAAUUCUGCUAAGAAGGAAUUAGGAUCAGCACUACUAUCUGUUUUGGGCGACUUAAAAGUCAGAUAUGUGAAUUUAAAAGAAAAAGCACUCAAAGGCAUACCAUUGGAAGAGCUGCCCCCAUUGUCAGUAGAAUCAAAAUUAUUAAAUACUUUCUCUACAUUCCUUUCCAGGCUAAUGAGAGAAGAAUCACAUGACUUUUCAGGAGCAGAUUCUGAACUAGGUAAUCAAACUGCAUCUGAUGGGGAAGUUUCUCCAAACCUAAAAAAGCCACACUCUCAAGUGUCUUUAUUAGCUGACAAUAGUCAUCCUAAACAGGAUACAUCACCCAAGGAAGAUGCUUUUAAAAAUGGUGAUAUCAAUGUAGACUUCAGUCAACUAACACUGGAUGAUAAAGAGUGCAGAAACAACCAUGAAAUCAGUGAAGACUGGUUUGAUGCUAAAGAGAACGUGACAGGGGUGGACUCCUCAGGAACGCAGGAACAUCUGAUAGAUCAUGACGAACGGAACCCGAAGUGUAUAGCAGAAAUGAAGAAUAUUGAACCCUUAGUAAGAGAGAAAGGGUUUUUGAUACAUGUUGGUGGUCUCUGCCCUUCAGUAUCUGAGGCUGAUUUGAGAUCUUACUUCCAGAAAUAUCAAGUUUCUGAAAUCUCAAUUUAUGAUUCUUCUACUAAUUACAGAUAUGCAUCUCUUGCUUUUAAGAAAAACCAUGAUGCAAAUAUGGCUGUAGAAGAAAUGAAUGGGACAGAAAUAAAUGGAAAAUCAGUAAAUGUGCGGCUUGUCAAAACUCAUGGAGAGUGUAGAUCACCACUUUUCUCAAAAAAAAGUUCAAAUAAUUUGGAGAUAAGUUCCAACAAAGAAAUCAAGCCAGGCUCCUCUGUUUCCACUUUGCCCAGAGCUAGGCCAAGGCAACUGGUAUCCGAGCAGGACACUGAGCUUUCACCUCUGGACCAGGAUGCCAAAAAGAAUUGUAAACAGGUUGAAUCUGCUCAGUUAUUACAAAAAAUGCCUAUUCAGUUCAUUCCUCCAAAUACACUAAACCUCCGUAGCUUUACCAAGAUCAUCAAGAGACUGACUGAAUUGCACCCAGAAGUCAGCAGAGACCACAUUAUAGAUGCUCUUCAGGAAGUGCGGUUGAAUCAUAAAGGUUUCCUCAAUGGCUUGUCUAUUAGCACUAUUGUGGAGAUGACCUCGUCUCUUCUGAAAAGCUCUGCUUCCCAACAGGAGUAAAGAGAGCUUCCUUGGAAGGCGUGGGUGCUCAUCUCCAGAAAAUGUUUGGCGGCACAAAAGAAAAAGUUGCAGUAAAGCAAGACUGAUAUAAUUAAGUGGAUUCUGUAAGGGCGCUUAGCUGUUAGUUUGCUUUAUAGUUCUCCUAAAAUCUGGCAACAUGUAUGUAUAAUAUUAAGGUCUUAUAUAAAAUACAGUUUAAUAGGCUUUAAACUUUAUUUCAAUUUUGUGUAAGUUGCAUAUUUUGAAUCAGAAGAAAAACUGUCAUGCCCAUUUUAAAAACCCUUUGUUAAGUAAAUGUUAAAAAUAUAUUGGCCAAGAGGUUCAUUGUUACUGUUUCAGAGUUCAUUAAAUGGUUUCCAUACAUAGCCUGAAGUUA